GUGGGGGGACAGGAAACCUCAGGCUCGCCCAGUAAGUUGCCUUUCACCUGUUCUUUGCCUCUGUCACUGUGUCACCCUUGUCCCCUCCAGCCUGGGCUACAUGGCCUCCUUUCUGUCCUCAUGGGCCCAGGUCCCCUCUGCCUACUGCUCCCACUCCUCCCGUAGCUGUCCAGUGAAACUCGGUGUGUCCCGCCCACCUCGUCUUGCUGCACCCCGAGUGGCCCUUCCUGCCUUUGCGGCCUCGGGGUUCCUGGGCACACUCCUCUCAGCCCUGUGCCCGGGAGCUGGCCUGUCUCCUUCCGCCUGCUCAGAUGUUAAGUACCCGCUGGGGAAUUCUUGACAUGGCCUGACUGGUUGUCCCGGAAGCUGCUCUCUGGGCUUCCUGGGUGACCCAGUAUCUCCCUGAGCAGUGCACCUGUCAUGGCCACCUCCCUUCCUUGGGGCUUGGAAACAGGCAGGACUGGCAGGGCCCCGCCCUUCCUUGCUCCCCCAAGUCUUCUGCGGGCACUCGAGGCCAGGGGGGGCCCUUUGGUCCAGUCAUCACUGUCCAGGUGAGCCAGUUGUGUGAUAGGCCCAGGAGGGCCACUUCGUGCCCUUGCUGUCAAGUACUGUCCUCUUGUGCUCUACAGUGAGGUCCUUGGGUGCCACAUACUUCCUGGAGUGAGUCUUGUGGUCAUCCUCCAUCCUGAUGGUGCCCUUUACCCAGAGCCAGGUGGGCAGGAAAGGCCUGAGAGUGUCACCCAGCUGGCCUGUGCCACUUUGUCCCCACACCUGCCUUCACCACAGCUUCUGCUAAGUGCCUGCACACUUCUGGGACUCUCUUAGUUGGAGCAGGUCCAGCCGCUCUGGACAAUGGACAUGCACUGCAGGCUUCAUGACCCUGAUGGUUUGUCCUCGGAGAGUACCCCUUCCUUCCCCUUCACAGGCUGCUAUGGCUUGCCUGCACCCCGAGGGCUUGUGUAGGGGACCUGUGGCUUUGGGUGGUCACCCAGAACAGGGCCUGAGCCCACCAGAAGGCAAGACUGGGCGGUGGCUGCAGCCUUUGCCGGCCCAGCUUCCUCGUGCCUGUGAGGACUCGCUCCUCCUGCCUGCGGCAGGGGCCUCGCUCACUGACAGCCUGCAUGUGUGGAGCCUGCUUCCCAACGUGUAAACACGGGCGUGUGUCCCGGUGAUGGUGCGCUGGCGAGGGGGCGGCGAACGAGCCGGCUGCGCAGGUCCUGCGGCCUCCGGCCCCUGGUUGCCCAACACGCGCCGGGGGCGGGCCCCAGCCGCUGAUUAAAGGCUGCCCGGAGCAGCCUGUGCGGAGACAGGUGCCAGCAGCCAGCAGUGCAGGACGCCAGCCAGCUCCCGCCCCAGCUUCAGGUCUUGUCGUCCUUGUGAGAAGACCACCAUGUCCAAGCCACCUCGGGCCGAGACCUUUGUCUUUCUAGACCUGGAAGCCACUGGGCUGCCCAACACAGACCCUGAGAUUGCCGAGAUCUCCCUUUUUGCCGUGCACCGUUCCUGCCUGGAGAACCCAGAGCGUGGCGAGUCCGGGACCCCCAUGCUCCCCCGUGUCCUGGAUAAGCUCACUCUGUGCAUGAGCCCGCAGCAGCCCUUCACUGCCAAGGCCAGCGAGAUCACCGGCCUGAGCAGUGAGGGCCUGGCGCGGUGCCGGAAGGCUGGCUUCGACAGCGCCGUGGUUCGCACCCUGCAGGCCUUCCUGAGCCGCCAGGAGGGCCCCAUCUGCCUUGUGGCCCACAACGGGUUCGAUUAUGACUUCCCCCUGCUGUGCACAGAGCUGCAGCGCCUGGGUGCCCACCUGCCCCAGGACACCAUCUGCCUGGACACGCUGCCAGCACUGCGGGGCCUGGACCGUGCCCACAGCCACGGCACCCGGGCUCAGGGCCGCAAGGGCUACAGCCUGGGCAGCCUGUUCCACCGCUACUUCCAGGCUGAGCCGAGCGCGGCGCACUCUGCUGAGGGCGACGUGCACACGCUGCUGCUCAUCUUCCUGCACCGUGCUGCUGAGCUGCUCGCUUGGGCCGAUGAGCAGGCCCGAAGCUGGGCGCACAUUGAGCCCAUGUAUGUGCCUCCCGAUGGCCCGAGGAGUGAGGCCUGAGCACUUGUGCUUGUGCAGUUGCUGGCUCGCUCCCCUGGCCUGGCUCAAGCCUGCGGCCGGCACCAACUAGAACUUCGCUGCUGCACUCUGCCCGGUCCUGCCCAGCGGAGAGCCCUGGCCCCAUGCUCCUGCCCGGCUGCUGGCCCUCCCUACCUCUGGACAGCUUUCGAGCCCUAGCAGUCUGCUCUUCCUGGCUCCUUCCUUCCUCAUUUCUCAAUAAAACAUCACCAGUUUCUCA